AUGGACAGAGUUGACAAUGGCCAACUCACAAAAGGAAACUUGACCAGCAAUUCCUCGCUUCCAGAUGAAGGUAACGUGAAUGAGGUCCUGAUUACAACACUCCUCGGGGUGAUCCUAACCAUCAUGUGUAUCUUUGGCAUGCUGGGCAAUAUCUACACGUUGGUGAUCGCCAACCGAUCAAUCAAGUCUGCUGGAUCCAUGUACAUUUACAUCGCCAACCUGGCACUGGCCGACCUCCUAUACUUGCUCACCAUCCCUUUCGUGGUGUGCACAUAUUUUGCCAAAGACUGGUACUUUGGGGAGAUCGGCUGCAGGUUCCUCCUCAGCCUGGACCUCCUGACCAUGCACGCCAGCAUUUUCAUCCUCACAGCCAUGAGCGUCGAACGAUACAGGGCUGUGACCUCACCCCUGGCCAGCCGGGCUACCAGAACGUGCCGAAGGAUAAUCACUGCCACCAUUUGGUCAUUAUCCUGCCUCCUGACCUUGCCGAUGAUGAUUAUGAUCCAUUUACGAGAGACCGUCAACCCUACAGGGUCAACAAAGCGGAUUUGCUUCCCAACUUGGAAUCCUGAAGCCUACAAAACGUAUCUCACCAUUUUAUUCAAUACCAGCAUUUUAUCUCCAGGCAUUGUAAUUGGAUACCUGUACAUCCGGUUGGCACUAGCUUACUGGCUCUCGGGGAGAAUGGUUUCGGACAAUAGAAAUCGUACUCUAAAGCAGAAGGUCUUGUACAUGAUUUUUAGCAUCAUCUUGUUGUACUGGGCCUGCUUUCUGCCAUUUUGGGUCUGGCAGUUGACAAAACUUUAUAAGCAAGAAGCUCUGAGUAUGACACCACUGGCACAGAUGUACAUCAACUUCUUUGUGACCUGCCUGACCUACAGUAACAGCUGUAUCAACCCAUUCCUCUACAUGUUACUCACCAAGAACUACAAGGAGUAUAUGGCACACCACAGCAGAACAUCAACUGAGCGGGUCACCUUUAAGAGGGGCCAAAUGGACAGUCAAGGGCCCAAGAGAUCAGCUGCCCAAACGAACACAGCGAAGUCACUCCAGUUGGAGUACCAGGGGAGAAAUCGAACAACAGUGUCUAACUUGACUCAAUGA